AUGAAAAAUAAUACAGUGGACCAGAUAAUUCAGCUUUGCGAGCAGCUUGAUGUCCUGCUUUGUCUGAUCUGCGAGGCAGCUAUCAAACCCGAGGUCGAUAAGGUAGAGCACCACUACCGCAACUGCCACAAAACUGUUGGAGAGCAGCUACAGGCGGUAAUUGCAUUCGCAGCAUCGUUCUCGUCGUCGGGGUGGCGCCCCCGGACACUGCAGGAUCCAGCAGACGAGAACAUACAACUGCCACCAGAUGGAAGCGCGCCGAUCCCCGGGCUGAGGACAUAUAAGGGGUUUAGCUGUAGGGCCGGGGGCUGUCGCUUUCUGACCCGCAACAAGUCGAACUUUUCUACACACGAGACCCGCAACAGACACAGAACGCAGGUGGAAGGUAAGCGCGGACGGGAGUACGUAAUGCUUCAGUCACUGCGCAAAGCCCCGCAUGCAAGGUACUGGAUCGUCAACCCAGCGCGGGGCGCCGAAACCACCGACGCCGAUGGCGAUCCGGCCACUGAACGCGCUGACGAUGGCGUAACUGCUGGGGAUGCUCUACUACCGCAGACCGUCCGGGCAUGUGAGAAGGAUCUAAAGAAGGCAGAGACGGAACGGCAACGUCAGGUAGAGGCACCAGGCGGAGUCGACACCGAGUCGAGAUGGGUGCAGUUUAUGAAAUGGUCGGCGCACUUGCAGCAGAGGGACAAACCGACGCUGUACCAGGCGGGGCUAUCACCGGCUUCUGCCGCAGUCGAGCAGCGGAUGUGGCCCCGCGAGCGCCGUGAAGCGAACCAGAGGCUACGUGAGCUGACCGAGAGUUUCCGGCGCGAGCUUGGCCGUUGUAUGGAGAGGCUGGAUAGGGUGCCGGACGAAACGCUCGAGUGGCUCGGCAGCAUUGACCCGACCAAGCCGGUAUCGACCCCGUUCGGCCGAAAGCAGCAGUCAGAUACGAUGGACAGGUACAGUGCGUGCUGGCAGCGGUACUUGUGCUAUUGCGUCCGGAUUCAGGCGCUUGGGCGCGAUGGGGCCAAGGCAGAGCACGGUAUCCGAUUUACGGAAGAGCAGUGGAAUUCCCUGGCUGACAUCGUCCAGCGACUUGAUACUGUUGUCGACAAGAAGAAGAGGCAGGGGCAGCAGCAGGUCACGAAGGGCAGCAGAGAAGGGGAUAGAGGAGAGGGAGAAGAAGAAGAAGAAGAAGAAGAAGACCCCGAUAAGGAGGCACUUGAUGAGGCUGUCUUCGACUUCUGCAUCAAGUCGAUUAAGCAGAAGCUUGGGAAGAAGCAGUACUACAACCCGCUGCUCCACUUCACGGCUGUACUGGGUGUCAAGGAGGAUGGCACGUGGGUACCGUCCCACACACAUACCCGGUUUCUCGCCGGUUUCUUAUGGUGCGGGCGGAUUCUGAUGCUAGAGCACUUCUUUGAGGACGACCCGUACGACUCCGACGACUCGAAUUGCGACACGAGCUUUGCGGCUAUCGAUCGGUUCCAGAAGGGUCAUCGCGACUGGCUCGCAACCGGCUCGUAUACACCGUUCAGUGCUAUUAUCCAGUGGAUGACGUACGGGAGGGGCUACCGUAAUCAGGAAGGUGGGCAAGCGCGGGUGCUAUGGGACAGUAAUGGCAUGACGCUCAACUAUCUGGGCGACAAGAUCACCGUAAACAGCUUUCAACGGGCAGCACAGGCAUUCGUGCGAGAAGCGGAGGGCUGGCUCGACAAGCUUAUGGACGGACAAUGGAGUCAGAUCCGCGAAACAAUACGGCUACAGGACAUCGCCGAUAGCUUGGUGUUUGAGGGCCCAGGGCGGUCAUUUGCGACGAACCGGAAGAAUGCAUGGCCUGCCGGGUGCAGAGAAGUUAACGAGGCUGUUGGGCACGACGCUGUGGAAGAUCGUCGAUGCAGGGAACGGCGGUAG